AUGAGUCUUCAACUCACCGAAAAAACCGAAACCGUCACCACUACUGAAACAUGUACAGAGCAACCGGAAGAACAAUUCGUUAUACGACUUCAAACAGAACCAAGCACCAGCGAACGACGACAUGUCGUUUGGAGCACAGAAACGGUUGACAACGAAGGAAUGGGAAAGAAGAAGAGUAAAUGCUGUUGCAUUUAUAAGAAGCCGAAAACCUGGCAGGAUUCGAGCUCUGAUACGGAUUCCGAUUGCGAAACGGGGCAUUGUCGAGGGCAUGUCGAGAAAAAGAAAAAGGAUCACAGCCAUGAUCAUGAUCAUGAUCACCAGCAUGACGGUGAUGAUAAUGUAGAUAUGGUUCCCCUAUUACGACUUGUAUUUUCGGAAAAUGAAAGAAUUCGCAGAUUUGAUAUGGGAACGCACAAAUUAGCUUGCUUUCUCGCUCGAGCAUUUUCGGAUUCCAAAGAAGCAUACCUGUGUGAAAUCCGAAAAAGUACUUCUGAGACUGUAAGGAAACUCGCUGUGAAAGUCGCCUACGAUUAUCGAAAUGAUAAAUGCAAGAAGAACGUGAUGACCGUUGGACAAGUGAAUGACGCGCUCGACUUUUUGGCAUUUGGAAGCAUUAUGAUGGAAAAUUCGAAAUUUCUGAAAAUGCAAGAACUGGUCAAAAAUUGUUCGGAAGAUGAACUAGAGUGGAUUUUUAACAUAAUGACUAGAAAUGUUGAGACUUCACUGGGAACAAGUGCAAACAAAAUAUUUGAUUGGAUAUCACCUUUUGCGUACACAAUCUGGACACAAACCCUUUCAUUAAGUGAAGUUAUGCGCGGAAAAGUACAGCUUCCAGAACGUGCGAAAAGUGGGAAAAAAGAAGUUCCGGACGAUUAUUUGUUCAAAAUGUUCACGCCAAUGUUACUUCAUAAACCGAAAAGAAACGACUGGUGGUCGAGCAUAGAAGCUCACGCAAUGCCUCGGUUUAUCAUGCAAAUCAAAUAUGACGGUGAAAAUAUUCUUCUCCACAAGAAAGGGAAUCAAUAUCGCUGGUUUACAAGGAACAAUAAUGAUUUCUCCAAGGAUUAUGGCGAUUGUUCGACUGAUAUUGGAAAACUAUCGAAUCGAAUUCAUCAAUAUUUCCGUCCCGAUUUGGAUACUGCAAUUUUCAACUGUGAAUUAAUGCUAUGGGAUAAAAUCCUGAAAAGAUUAUGCCGUCAUAAUGAUGCUAGCACAACUUCAGAUUCAUCUAUUCUUUCAUACCGCCAUGUCAAACCAGACCAUAAUCAGCAAUUAACAAUUGUAUUAUUCGACAUUCUUUAUUACAACGGAGAAGAUUUAUUUGGGGCACCUUUAAAACAAAGACUUGAAUUACUAAAAAUGGCUGCGCUGAAAAAGGAAUCAAAGGACACAAUAUCAGUAGCAGAGCAUGUUGAAGGCACUUGUAAACAAGAUGUCAUGAAUUAUUUUCAAAAAGCGAUGGAAAAUAAUGAAGAAGGAAUUGUUGUAAAACGAGCCGAUAGUCAGUAUUUGAAAGGAGAAAGAAAUGCUAAAAAUGGCUGGUUUAAACUGAAACCAUCGGCUUCGAAAGAUUGUGAUCUCGAUUUGGCUUUGGUGGCGAUUUUUCCGCGAGCGGCUCGAUAUGGCAGGCCACUUUUCAAAUUUGCAGCAAUGGAAAGCUUUGAAGAGUUCAGAAUCUGCUUGACACUAUCGUAUGGACUUCAAGAAGCAGUCCGAGAGCAAAUUCGUGAUUAUGUUGGUCCUCUUAGACCGAACCCUCCUAAAGUGCUGAAAACCCGGUUUGGUACUAAACCACCUCCAAUUCCGGAGAAUGAAGGAGGUUAUAUUGAUCCAGAGAAUUGGCAGGUGAUUACGAUAACCUCAAAUGGAGUUCGCAAUGGAAAAUUGAUUGAUCCUGUGAUGAAAAUUUGGAGAACUGACAAAAGUAUAUAUCAAAUGAACAAAUUUGAUGAGUUUCUCGAAUAUGAAUCGAAAAUUUCCGAUUGUAAAUUGGAUGAUGAAGGCGACAAUGAGGAAAAAUGUGAUGAAACAUUUGAAGAAAAACCUAGCACUUCCACCCCAAUGAUGAACGGGCGAAUUACGAGAAAAGCUAUAGAAGCUGCGUGCCGUAUUCCAAUUAAAAUGAAGCGUUUGAAAGUAGACUCGCCGUUGACCGGAAUUGAAGUUGCAGUAUUACAGGGAACAUCUGCACCACUUCGGCGUAAAUGUGAAGAUAUACUACAUUAUUUUGGGGCGUUUGUCGUCAAAAACUUCACCCAAAGAACGCAGUUGAUAAUUGCCACAUCGUCGAAACGAAAUUAUCCGAAGACCGCAUAUGCUAUCAAAAACGCCAAGAAAAACACUGAAGUAAUGCAUGAAGUUGAAGGCGCUUUCAAAAUCCAAUAA